UGCACGUAUGCAGGGAUACUCAGUGGAACCGUUUUAGUUAUCUUGUUAAUUGGGGUUAUAAUAUAUUUUACAUUAUUUUAGUGUUGUUUUAUAUUCUUUUAAGUUGUAGUUAAGUGGAAAUGAGACAUUAUUGCUCUUUGCAUUUUGCUUAUGCUUAAGAAUUUGGAUGACAGUUAAAUUUAACUCUAUAGUUCUGGGUUUGCAUCGGAUUAGUAUUUGUAAGUCACCGUUGGACAUGAUUGUCUGUUAAAAACGUGGAAGACACUUGUCCGCUUGAAAAAUUCCCGUUUCCUCUUAUUUUGACAGCGACUAUGUUCAGAACGAAGAUUAAACUGAAGAAUGUGUUUGUGGUCUAUUUUCUUGUUUCCAUUCUUGGACUUAUGUAUGCCCUAAUGCAGCUUGGACAGCCAUGUGACUGCACCCAACAUCUCAAGUCUGCAAGUGAACUAGUGCAUGUUAAAGACAAAAAAAUUUCACAGCUACAGGCUGAAUCGAAAUCCCUACAAAGUGAGCUGAAGAAACUGCAGGACAAAGUCACUGCUGAGGAAACACGUUCUCAGACACUGCCUACAAUCUAUGCCAUCACUCCGACCUAUGCCAGGCUUGUCCAGAAAGCUGAACUUAUUCGCCUUUCGCAUACCUUUUUGCAUAUUAAGAAUUUUCACUGGAUUGUAGUGGAGGACUCGUCUGUGAAAACCCAGCUUGUGGCCGACCUUCUGGCAGAGUCUGGAUUGAAGUACACUCACUUAAAUGUGGAGACAUUGAAAGAGUAUAAGCUGAAAGAGAAUGACCCCAGCUGGCUGAAGCCUCGAGGAGUAGAGCAGCGCAACCUUGGGAUCCAGUGGCUUCGGCAAAACCGUGAGCUUUAUGAUGAGGGAGUUGUAUAUUUUGCAGAUGAUGAUAACACCUACAGCUUUAAACUUUUUGAUGAGAUGCGUAACACAAAGAGAGUUUCUGUUUGGCCUGUGGGUCUGGUUGGGGGUCUACGGUUUGAACGCCCCUUGGCUGAAAAUGGAAAAGUAGUUGGAUUUUACAGUGCCUGGAAGCCAAAUCGUCCAUUUCCAAUGGACAUGGCAGGUUUUGCUGUAAAUCUGCAGCUGUUGCUAGCCAAUAAAGAUGCAAAGUUUGACUUGAAAGCCGAACGAGGAUAUGUAGAAAGCAGUUUGCUCCAGUCUUUAGUCUCCAUUGAAGAGCUAGAACCGAAAGCUGAUAACUGCACCAAGGUACUGGUGUGGCACACACGAACUGAGAAACCAAAGAUGAAGCAAGAGGACCUCUUACAGAAACAAGGCAUUGGCUCCGAUAUCAACAUUGAAGUAUAAAUUGGAUGUGCAGCCCUCAGAAUAGCAUUCCGCCUAUGCAUACAUAAGCAGGACAACACUUUCAACAACCAGCUGUCAGACAUAAUAAAUGAGCCAGACAGGCACAAAAUGGAACAGUUUAGAUUUUUUUUCUGAUUUUAUUGUGUUUCAAAGAAAAUUUGCAUCCUUUCCUAAGGGUAUUUCUAUUUUAGGUAAUAUCACAAGGAAAAGCAUGACUAAAAAGUUGGAAUAUUGCCAGUUCUGAGUUGGCCUGAUGUCCAAUUAUAGAAAUCAUGUUGCUCUUAGAGGUAUUUUUACAGAAUUCCAAGCUUAUUAUUUCACAUGCCUAAGUGAUGUUUUGCAUCUUUUAACUUGGAAGCAAUGAACAUAUUUGUGCCAAGUAACUGAAGCCUGGGUUCACUUUUCAGCAUUAAUCUUUUUUUUUUCUUAUUUUAUUUAAUGUUUAGUCAUCAUGAACAUGUAAGAAAUAAGUAUGGGCAAAUGUUUGCCAAGUUCUUUUAUUCUUCUACUCUUGUACUUAUUCUUCAGAAACAAGAGUAAACCUAAGAUUAUUAACAUUUGUAGCCUUUUCCUCACUGGAUUUUCAUUUCUCAUGACAAGAGGACACGUUCUUCUCUGGAAUGUAUGGGAUGCCUCAGUGGAAGUAGUAACAUAGUGCUGUGUUUUGUUUCAGCACUAAGAACAGUUUACAUAUUAACAAAUAUUGUGAUUCCUGCUAAUAUUUUAACUUAUUGUAUUUAUUUUUGAAUGUCUAAUACCUCGUACAUGCUUCUAGCUACUGACUGUGUAGAGUGAUAGCACUAUAUCUGUCUGUGUUGUGAAAAGAUAAUAUAGAAAAUGUUGCUUGUUUUGCAUAGAAGAAAUGCAUGCUUUACCACACUGGAUAGCGUUUCAAGAUGAGCAGUAGUAGAAUUUAAAAUUAUUCGACAAGUAGAAACCUAAAUGCUCAUCUGGCUAGUUUAAUCCAGUUUGUUUAACUAGCAAGAGACUGUUUAAAUUAGGCAGUUUCAAGGCUUAAUACAUGUAAUUAUAUACUGGAAUUUGUAAAUGAAUUAUCUGUAAUGACUUCAUUUUGAUCUGAACACUUACUUGCCUUGCUUCACCUUGCCAGAUCAGCUGUAAAAUACUGCAGCAUAUUUUUAAGUAGAUGUCACCCAUACUUUCACCAUUUAUCCACCACUUGCUGUGCCUCCUAACACUACAGUACAAAGCUUAAUAUUUUCAUGGUACGUGAGGCAGUGUUCACAUUAACUGAAAUGGUUUUGCUUACAUAUGUGGGUGGGGGCUGUUUAUGGCAGCUAAGAAUUGAGAGAUUUCUCUAGUCUGUAUUAUUUCCUUAUUUUUAUGUUGGAUUAUGAGUUACCAGACCUUUUUUUUUUAACUUAUUUUUUUUUAAAACAUCAGGCAAUAUCCAAUUUAUUGAUUUGUUAUUGGGAAUUUGUUAUUGGAGUUAGACGUAAUCCAAGAGCAUUGUCUGGUUUACAUAACUUGCACAGAAACGCAGUAUGUAAUCUCAGACUGAGGGACUCAAACCCAGGACUACAUAAUGAAGACUGCUAGCAUCUAAUCACCUUAACCCUCUGCAGUAUGCUGCCAGACAACAAAGUAUUGAUCCCACCCCACUGGCUAGUGCCAUUCCGAACUUCAGCCAGUCUCUGGAAAUAAUUCCACAUAAUUUUAAUUCUUUCUCUUAAGUGUACCAUUAUCUGCCUCAUUGGUUUACCAUUGUAUGCAGAGGAAUAUCACUUGUCAUUUCUAAUGUUCUGAUAUAUCUCAGUCCUGUCCUUGUUUAUUUAAAAAUGAUAGUGAUAAUGCUAGUUCUCAAUUGUUUCAUUCUUCAUAUAGACUUUCUUAUGCUAGCCUCUGGGUGUACACUACCAAUCUGAAACUUUCAAAUAAGCUAAAGGUUAAUAUGCUGCCUGAGGAAAAAGGUAGAGGGGUGAUACUACAUUCUGUAUAUGUCAGCCUCUUGCUGCAUGAAUUAAGCACAAGGGUCUGAAAUGGUGAGUAUAUCAUAACCAUGAUUAUGUUCAUUCAGAAAGCUGACAGAACAGUGGUGUUUGUACUGAAAAGCAUUUUCUGAAAAUAAAAUUAUGUAAUAUUAA